GCGGAAGGGAAAGGGGGGCAGGCGCGGUGGGAAAGAUGGCGUACCAGAGCCUCCGGCUGGAGUACCUGCAGAUCCCGCCGGUCAGCCGCGCCUACACUACCGCCUGCGUCCUCACCACCGCGGCCGUGCAGUUGGAAUUGAUCACACCUUUUCAGUUAUACUUCAAUCCUGAAUUAAUUUUUAAACACUUUCAAGUCUGGAGGCUAAUCACCAAUUUCUUAUUUUUUGGUCCAGUUGGAUUCAAUUUUUUGUUUAACAUGAUUUUUCUAUAUCGUUAUUGUCGAAUGCUGGAAGAAGGCUCUUUCCGAGGUCGGACAGCAGACUUUGUAUUUAUGUUCCUUUUUGGUGGAUUUUUAAUGACUCUUUUUGGUUUGUUUGUGAGCUUAGUUUUUUUAGGCCAGGCCUUUACAAUAAUGCUGGUUUACGUGUGGAGCCGAAGGAACCCGUAUGUCCGCAUGAACUUCUUUGGUCUUCUAAACUUCCAGGCCCCCUUUCUGCCCUGGGUGCUCAUGGGGUUUUCCUUGUUGCUGGGGAACUCAAUUAUAGUGGACCUUUUGGGUAUUGCAGUUGGGCACAUAUAUUUUUUCUUGGAAGAUAUAUUUCCCAAUCAGCCUGGUGGAAUAAGAAUUCUGAAAACACCAUCUAUUUUGAGGACUAUUUUUGAUACACCAGAUGAAGAUCCCAAUUACAACCCACUACCUGAAGAGCGGCCAGGAGGCUUUGCCUGGGGUGAGGGCCAGCGCCUUGGAGGGUAAAAAGCAGCUGUGCCAAUUAUGAGACCCAUCUGAGAAAGACUCAGUGAAAUGUCCAUUGGGAUCUUUUAUCCCUUGUUGCAAAAGUGUGGACAGUUUUGACAGCUUGACAGAUUUUUUAACUCCAGAAGCACUUUAUGGGAUGGUACACUGACUAACACAGAAGACAUUUCCAGCAGUUUGCCAGGGGUUCCUCACUAUGCUGGUACUAAAAGUAUAACCUCUUGGAGCCAAAAACUGGAGAAACAGAUAUCCUGCCUACUGCCUCCAACAAGUACAUGGGUACUUGAGCUCGGUGGCAUAAGGCAGGGUUUUCCUCCUCCUCUUCUUUGAUAGACAAGGCCGUGGUGUAAAUGGAAGUUACAGAGAGGACAAAAUAAAACUGAAUUCCAUCUCUCUCACGCUGUA